GCCGCCCCGGCCCCGCUCCGGAAGGCGGCCGCGUUACCUGAGCCCGCGGCUCGUCCAGAGUGGAAGUAUAUUUCUUACUAGCUGUCUGGAGCAAUGGACAGUGCGGGGAAAGCAAAUAAAAAGGAGGCACCAACUGGACCCCUCAAGGAAGCCAGACUGCCUGCCAAUGAAGCCCUGCUGGACUAUCACCGUCAAAUAAAGGAACACUCAGUAGAGAGAUUUAUGUUUCAAAUUAAGAAGCUUAGGGAAAAGAACCAAAAGUAUCACGAAAGGAAUAGACGCUUGAAGGAAGAACAGAAUUGGCACAUAAAGAACUUACUAAAGGAGCUGAAGGAGAAGAAGGCCGAUGGGUUACCAGUGGUGACGAGAGAGGAUGUUGAAGAGGCAAUGAAGGAAAAAUGGGAGUUUGAGAGAAACCAGGAGAAGAACUUGAGAGAUAUGCGCACACAAAUAAAUAAUGCUGAGAAACUAUUUCUUGAGAAACUCGGUGAAAAGGAAUAUUGGGAAGAGUACAAGAACGUAGGGAGCGAACAGCAUGCUAAACUCAUUACCUCCUUGCAAAAUGACAUCAAUAAAGUUACAGAGAAUGCAGAGAAAAUGUCAGAACAGUAUAAAAUCACUCUGGAAGAUACUAGGAAGAGGAUAAUCAGAGACACUUUACUGCAACUGGACCAAAAGAAAGAAUGGGCCACACAGAAUGCUGUAAGUUUAAUUGACAGGGGAAGUUACCGAGAGAUCUUGGAGAACGACUGGCUAAAAAGAGAGGUUACAGUUCACAGGAAGGAAGUUGAAGAGCUAGAAAAUACUGUUCAUGAACUGGAAGAAGAAAACUUGGUGCUUAUCAACCAGCUAUUCAGUUGUAGACUUGUGGAUCUCAAAAUUCCCAGACGGCUGUAUUUUAGUCAAGCUGCCGGACAGAAAGCGCCACCUGAGGAAAUGCCUUUGGAGUUUGCGGGAACACAUAUAGAGAAGUCUACGCUGCAGCCCAUAGACGAACACAGGGACACACUGAGCUCGCUGGGAGAGCACAAGUCCUUCCCCCUCAGCCCUGAGGACAGCAGCGGCAGCGUCCAGCGCCUGGUGACAGAGGAAGUGGGCGGCUCCUGUGCGGAGUUUGAGGACUCUCAUGUGAGAUACUUACUGUAUGAAGAUGAGUGGGACUUCAAGGAGCACGUGGAUUUGGGGCCGCUGGCAGUGAAGCUCAUGCGCGUGGAGAGCAGGAAGAUGCCCAUCCAUUCCCAAGAAAAGGAGGCCUCCGUCCGAUUUGACGACGACGUGGGCAGUCCAGAAAACCGCGUCACGUACAAGAUGAUGAAGUCUUUUCUCCAAGCCUGAGUUCUGAAAAUGUGAACAACUUUCCUUCCAAGUGGGAACGGAAGUUAUGCCAGGUUGCCACUUUACUUACAUGUUGGUCCAUUCUUAAGCCUGUUGUUUGUACAGAUCAUAAUUACAUUUAACGUUAAAGUUUCAAGUGCUCGGCUGUUCCUUUGGUUACACAGUGUGAGUGACAAUGGGUCCCCUCAUUGCGGUACUGCAGUACUGGGCCCAGCGUGGCCGCCGUGGUUCCUUUCCACUUAGCUCACUCACCAACCCUUAAUUCUGGUAUGAACUGGCUCAUCCCAAGAUGUUUCCACAGACAACGUGGAGCCUCCCGUAGCGGUGCGGCGACUACAGCUUUUGUCUCUCAGGGCUCUAAGUGGUGAGACAGCCAGCCUGCAACGCGA